AAAUUUUAGCUACAACACUUUCUUAUUAAAUACAAAAUUGUUUUUGUUUCAUUUGCGGUAUAAAUACUAAAAUUUUGUCAAUCAGCAUGUCUUUUAACAGACUUACAUCCGUUUGUAUGCAUAAGUCAAUAUUGAGAAGCAUUUUUAUUCUUACGGGCUAUUUGGACUGUAUGCAUUCCACAAAACUUUCGAUAAAAUAUACGCAAGCUAUGUCCUAUAAUAAAAAAUCGGACUCAGUUUCGGGAUCUUCUGAUAUUCAGCAGAAUCCUUGUGACUUAUAUACAAAAAUAAUGUAUAAAAAAGAGAAGGAAAAAGAAAAACAAGAAGCGGCCUACAGAAAGCUGAAAGAAGAGCAACAGCUCAAGAAAUAUGAAGAAAAAUGUAUGAUAGGUCAAAAAAGAAAGCUGACCGAACAAAUACAGUGCAUGGAUAAGAAGGAAAAAAAAUUAUUGGAAAGUAUGAUGGACUGUUUAACACGCGGCAUGAGAAAAGCCUGCAAAAAACUAGCGCAAAAGAAGCUUCGCAAUGAUAGAGAACUUGCCCAAAAAUGUGCAGUCAGGAUUAAAGCGGAAAAAAUCAAAAAGCUAUUGAAACUUUGCGAAAAAAAGAAAACGAAUGCUAAUAGUUUUGGGGAUAAAAACACAGAAGACUCAAAAAAGAAAUUUAAAAAAAAAUGUAAAAAAAAAAUAGACAAGACACAAGAACCCAAACAAAUGGAAAUGAGUCGGGAUAGUAAUAAACGGAAAGAUAAAUUCAACCAGAAGCAUAAAUCUGAAAACACGCCAAAACUUCAAAAAGCUGAAAGUCGAAAAUCGGCACCUAAUAGUAGCGAUCCAAUUGAGGAUAUUUGCGCUUCCUUGUCCAGAAAUAAAAAAAUGGAGAAUUUCUCAGAAAAUCCGCAAAGCCAAUAUUUAGCUAAAUUAGAGAAAUGUAUUCGAAAGGAAUGGUUAGAUAUCUGCAUGUGCCGAAAGACUUUUACCAAAUGUGAAAAGAUCCAACUGGCCCGUUCUCAUAAAUAUCUGCUAACUUGCAUUCGAGAGCAAUGUAAACAAAAAGUAGCGGCAGAAAUAUGCUCCGCAUUUAAACCACCGAAGCCCAAAAAUAAAUCAGCUAAAGGAAAUAAAUUGAGAGAGCACAACAAAUCUAUCGUAAGUAUAGUGGACACAAAUAAAUUGGAAGCGAUCAGCAAAAAUAAGGACUUACAGAAGGAUGUUAUAAAGGCAAAACGCGAACAAAAUGAGUUUAUCAAGAGCGAAAUACAAAAACUUAAGAAAAAGUGCUUGGACUAUGCAUAUAAGAAACAAUGCGAAGCAGAUGCUCUGAAAAAAAAGCAGGAAGAAGCCAUGAAGAAAAAGUGUGAAGAGGCGGCUCUGAGAAAACAGUGCAAAGAGCUGGCUCAAAAACUGAAAGAGGAGAGCUUGAAGAAAACAUUUGAAGAGGAGAAAGCGACGCAGGAACAUCAAAGCAAGCCAUGCGCAGAGAAAAAAGCGAGACACGAAGAAGAUGCUCAGAAGAGAAAGCGCAAAGGGAAAGCUGUUAAACAAAUGUGCGAAUCUCUUCAAAUAAAGCAAAAAGAAGAAGCUCUCAGAAAAAAAUGCGCUUUACAUAGAAUACGACAAAAGGAUCAAGAGCAGACAGAAAAAGAUGUUCAGAAGAAAGACUGCGACGAAUUGGAAAUGCAAGACAAGUCACAGAAAAAGAAGAAAGAUCACAUUAAUAAUAAAUGCGAAGAGCAGAAAGAGAAGGAAGAAGACGCUCAACAGCAAAAUUGCGAUGUAGAAAUUCUUCAUGAAAAAUGCGAAGCGCUUAUUAAACAAAUUGAAAAUCAAAUGCGUGAGGAUGCUGAUAAGCAGCGAGAAGAGACUCAAAGACAAAUAUGUAAAGCGGAAGUGAAGAAAAAGCAAAAGGAGGAGCCACUUAAGAAAUAUUUCGAAAAAGAGAAUGAAACGAAACGAGUAGAGAUUCUAAAGAAAAAAAUUCAAGACCAGAAGAAACACUAUUUAACAGGUGAUGAAGCUGAUUUGAAGGGAAAGUGUGAAUCUCUCAAAAAAAAAUUACAAGAAGUUAUCAGGAAAAAGUGUGCUAUGAAAACAGUGCGAGACAUGGCUGAAAGGCAGAAACAUGAAGAGGAGGCUAAAAGAAAGAAGAUAGAGAACGAAAUAAAACGCAACGUCACUCAGAAAAAAAAAAAACGAAGAAGAAAACUUAAAAGAAAAGUGCACAACUCUAAAAAAAAUAUUAGAAGAAGACGAUUUAAAAAUAAAGUGCGCUUUGAAAAAAUUGAGAGACCUUGCUAAUAAGGAAAUGCUCAUUGAACAA